UUUAAUCUCAAGUUUUUACUAAGAAAAAAAAAUAAAAAAACAGAGAGAGAAGAAAAUGGCUUUUAGUGAGGAAGUGAUGAGUUCUAGUGAGUUGCUUCAAGCCCACUCUCUUUUGUGGAGUACUUCAGUAAAUUACGCAAAGUAUGUUACAGUGAAGUGCGCCAUUGAAUUAGGAAUACCAGAUAUCAUCCAUAAACAUGGCAAACCCAUUACUCUUUCCAAACUCAUCAAUGCGCUUCCUAUCCAUCCUUCUAAAACUCAUUGCAUUUGUCGCAUUAUGCGCAUUCUUGUUCACUCCGGUUUCUUUUCAACCGGUCGACAAGUUGAAGAAGAAGAAGAAGAAGAAGAAGAAUCAUACUCUCUCACAAAUGCUUCCCGGCUCCUCUUAAGCGAGGGGUCAGAUUUCACGAAAAUGAAAUCCUUUGUUCUUUUUCACCUUCUCCCUGAGGCGGCGGCUCCGUGGCAUUCCAUGAGCACAUGGUUACAGAGCAGUGACGGCUCAACAUUCGAGCAUCAAAAAGGAAAGACCUUUUGGGAUUGUCUCGCGGAUGAGCCGAGCCAAAAUCGCCUCUUUAAUGAGGCAAUGGCUAAUGACUCUCAGCUAAUUGCCAAGCUCACACUAACUGAAUGUAAGGAUGUGUUUGAAGGUUUGACGACCUUGGUCGAUGUUGGAGGUGGCACCGGAACCAUGGCCAAAGCCAUAGCCAGCACUUUCCCACACAUCAAAUGCACCGUCUUUGACCUCCCCCAAGUCGUUGCUAAUUUAGAGGGAAAUGACAACUUGAAUUUUAUCGGAGGAAACAUGUUUUCCGACACAAUUCCUACUGCGGAUGCAAUUUUGCUCAAGUGGAUACUGCAUGACUGGAAUGACGAAGAAAGCCUUGCAAUUUUGAAGAAAUGUAGAGAAGCAAUUUUGAAAAAUGAGAAAGGAGGAAAAGUCAUUGUUAUUGAAACCGUCAUUGACAGCAAGAAUACAGAUGAAAUAACUGGAAUACAACUGUGCAACGACAUGAUAAUGAUGGUCAGCUUCUCCGGCAAAGAGCGUAACUUAAGGGAAUGGGAGAAGCUCUUUUUCAGUGCCGGAUUCAGUCACUAUAAAAUCAAUCGAAAACUAGGAGUGAGAUCUCUCAUUGAGCUUUACCCUUGAGUUCCUCAAGGUGUUAUUUUUCGAUAUUUACGUUUGAAUACUUACAAUAAAUAUGUUAAAGUAUUUUACCAACACAUGGUUCGAAUAACGUGUACUUUUUUUUCUUUCUUUAAGUAAUGUGUCUUUAUGUUGACCUGUCAUUGAUGGAAUAAAAUUAAUCUAGUUGAUUU